AUGUCGCCUACGCUCCACGAAUUGACUGGGCAGUCGAAUGAUAUCAAGAAAAGUUUGAAGGAUGAAAUUGAAUCAAUUCUGCAAGAGCGCAUUAUGGUUUUGGAUGGAGGCAUGGGGACCAUGAUCCAACAGUACAGUAGCUUGACAGAAGAGGCAUUUCGAGGUGAAGAAUUUAAGGAUCAUCCCAAGCCCUUGAAGGGAAACAAUGACCUGCUGAGUAUAACUCAAUCUGAUAUCAUCUGCAAAAUUCACAAGGAGUACUUGUUGUCUGGUGCUGAUAUCAUUGAGACAAACACUUUUAGCAGCACCAGAAUAGCACAAGCUGACUAUGGCCUUGAGCAUCUGGCUUAUCGAUUAAAUAAAAUAUCAGCACAGGUAGCCCGAAAAGCAGCCAAUGACAUUACUGCUCAGACAGGAAUUAAAAGAUACGUUGCUGGGGCAAUGGGUCCUACAAACAAGACCCUUUCAGUGUCCCCUUCAGUGGAGAAGCCAGAUUUCAGGAACGUUAGUUUUGAUGAACUGGUGGAAGCAUACACAGAACAGGCCAAAGGACUUCUAGAUGGUGGAGUAGAUAUCAUGUUAGUUGAAACUGUAUUUGAUACAGCCAAUGCCAAGGCAGCUCUCUUUGCUCUCCAGAAUUUAUUUGUGGAGGAGUAUGAUCCCAGACCAAUAUUUGUAUCAGGAACCAUUGUGGACAAAAGUGGCCGUACUCUCUCUGGCCAGACUGGGGAAGCAUUUGUCAUCAGUAUAUCUCACAGUGACCCGCUUUGCAUUGGAUUAAAUUGUGCUUUGGGGGCAGUGGAGAUGAGGCCUUUCAUUGAAGCUAUUGGGAAAUGCACAACUGCCUACGUCAUUUGCUAUCCCAAUGCAGGUCUUCCUAACACCUUUGGUGGUUAUGAUGAAACUCCUGAAGUGACUGCCAAGCACCUAAAGGAAUUUGCCUUAGAUGGUUUGGUGAACAUAGUUGGUGGCUGCUGUGGGACCACUCCAGCACACAUCCGAAUUUUUAAGGCCGUGUUCAUUAUGUUUCCUUGUCUGGUGAUGAUCAUCAAACCAUCAUUUCAAGGUCUGGAACCAUUCAGAAUUGGACCAUAUACCAACUUUGUUAAUAUUGGUGAACGCUGCAAUGUUGCAGGAUCAAGAAGGUUUGCCAAACUCAUCAUGGCAGGCAAUUAUGAAGAAGCUCUGAGUGUUGCUAAGGCCCAGGUUGAGAUGGGGGCUCAAAUUCUGGAUAUAAAUGUGGAUGAUGGAAUGCUGGAUGGACCAAGUGCUAUGAGUAGAUUCUUCAACUUCAUUGCUUCAGAGCCUGACAUUGCCAAGGUGCCGCUCUGUAUCGACUCAUCAAACUUCUCAGUGAUAGAGGCUGGGCUGAAGUGUUGUCAAGGCAAAUGCAUAGUGAAUAGUAUCAGUCUGAAAGAAGGUGAAGAUGACUUCCUGGCAAAAGCAAGACAGAUAAGAAAAUAUGGAGCAGCUGUGGUAGUUAUGGCCUUCGAUGAAGUCGGUCAGGCCACAGAAACAGAAGAAAAAUUUUUGAUCUGCCACAGAGCUUACCACCUUCUAGUGAACAAAGUGGGCUUUAAUCCAAAUGAUAUCAUUUUUGAUCCCAACAUUCUGACUAUUGGUACUGGAAUGGAAGAACAUAAUAUGUAUGCUAUUAACUUUAUCAAUGCAACUAAAACCAUAAAAGAAACUCUACCUGGUGUCAAAGUCAGUGGUGGUCUUUCCAAUCUAUCCUUUGCCUUCCGAGGAAUGGAUGCUAUUCGAGAAGCAAUGCAUGGGGUUUUUCUUUACCAUGCAAUUAAGUCUGGAAUGGACAUGGGGAUCGUGAAUGCAGGGAAUUUGCCAGUAUAUGAUGAUAUCCAUAAGGAGCUUUUGCAGCUAUGUGAAGAUUUGAUUUGGAAUAAAGAUCCAGAUGCAACAGAGAAACUUUUGCGUUAUGCUCAGACCCAUGCUCAAGGAGGAAAGAAAGUGGUGCAGACCGAUGAAUGGCGAAAUGGCUCUGUAGAGGAAAUGCUAGAGUAUGCACUUGUCAAGGGCAUUGAGAAAUAUGUGAUUGAGGACACAGAAGAGGCCAGAUUGAACAAAGACAAGUAUCCCAGACCUCUGAACAUAAUUGAGGGACCUUUGAUGAACGGCAUGAAAAUAGUUGGUGAUCUUUUUGGGGCUGGCAAGAUGUUUCUGCCUCAGGUGAUUAAGUCUGCUCGAGUUAUGAAGAAAGCGGUUGGUCAUCUCAUUCCCUACAUGGAGCAGGAAAGAGAGAAAAUGCGUGCAUUGUCAGGAAGCACCGAAGAAGAUAACCCUUAUAAUGGCACGAUUGUGUUGGCAACAGUGAAAGGUGAUGUGCAUGACAUUGGCAAGAAUAUCGUGGGAGUUGUUCUGGGCUGCAAUAAUUUCAGAGUUAUUGAUUUAGGAGUCAUGACUCCAUGUGACAAGAUACUCAGAGCGGCUUUGGAAAAUAAAGCAGAUUUUAUUGGUUUGUCUGGUCUCAUCACACCCUCUUUGGAUGAAAUGAUAUUUGUUGCUAAGGAAAUGGAGAGACUAGAAAUAAAGAUCCCGUUGCUGAUUGGAGGAGCCACCACUUCUAAAACACACACAGCAGUAAAAAUUGCUCCACGAUACAGCGCUCCUGUCAUUCACGUCCUGGAUGCUUCUAAGAGUGUGGUAGUUUGCUCUCAGCUUUUAGAUGAGAAUCUAAAAGAUGACUUCUUUGAAGAAAUACUAGAGGAAUAUGAAGAUAUUAGACAGGACCACUACGACUCUCUCAAGGAAAGGAGAUAUUUGUCACUGCAGCAAGCAAGAAGCAAGAGCUUUUGUUAUGAUUGGCUAGCACAGCCUAAACUAGUUAAACCACAAUUCAUUGGCACUAAAGUUUUUGAAGAUUAUGACUUGCAGAAGCUGGUGGAAUACAUUGAUUGGAAGCCGUUUUUUGAUGUCUGGCAACUUAGAGGCAAAUACCCAAACCGGGGAUUUCCUAAAAUCUUCAAUGAUAGAGCAGUGGGGGAAGAGGCGAAAAAAGUCUAUAAUGAUGCUCAGGGUUUGCUGACAACUUUGAUUGCACAAAAGAAACUUAAAGCCAAGGGCCUGGUUGGAUUUUGGCCAGCCCAGAGCCUUCAAGACGACAUUUAUUUAUAUGCCAAUGAGGAAAUGCCGUCUCCAGAACCAAUAGCUAAAUUCUAUGGCUUAAGGCAGCAGGCUGAGAAAGACCCUACCAGUACAGAUCCCUAUUAUUGCCUGUCGGACUUUAUAGCCCCUCUGGAAUCUGGAGUUAAUGAUUAUCUGGGUCUGUUUGCUGUGGCCUGCUUUGGAGUAGAUGAGUUGUGCAAGGAGUAUGAGAAACAAUGUGAUGACUACAAUAUCAUAAUGGUGAAAGCAUUGGCAGACCGCUUGGCAGAGGCAUUUGCAGAGGAACUCCACGAAAGGGUCCGUAAAGAAUUCUGGGCUUACUGUGAAAACGAACAGCUGGAAUUUUCAGAAUUACGUAGAAUCAGAUAUGAGGGAAUCCGUCCAGCUCCUGGUUAUCCUUGUCAACCUGACCACACGGAAAAACUCACUAUGUGGAAACUGGCAAAUAUUGAGGAGGCAACAGGUAUCCAGCUGACUGAAUCUCUAGCAAUGAUACCUGCUUCAGCAGUAUCCGGUCUCUAUUUUUCUAAUCCUGAAUCCAAAUACUUUGCUGUUGGAAAAAUAUUGAAAGAUCAGGUGGAAGAUUAUGCUCUAAGGAAAAACAUUGCGGUGGCAGAGGUUGAAAAAUGGCUGGGACCCAUUCUUGGAUAUGAUCCAGAAUAAUUGUGUGCGUGUGUAUGUAAGGGAUGGGAGGGAGCUCGCCAAGUUGAGGGCUGGAGCUCAGGAAACAACUACCGCAUGGAAACCACUUUAAAAUGACUGCCCAUGUUGGCCAUCCCCAACAGGGCAAGCCAUUUAUGUGUAGCAGCCAGCCAUGCGGGUUGAGGAAUUUUCUCCAUGCCCCAGCAAACCUGAAAUCAAGAUGCUGGCAACAGAGGAAAUCUUCAAUGUUUGACUACUGUGGGAAAUCAUUUAAAGUGAUUUCAGCGUGACUAUUUAACGUGUAUAUAACGUGUUCCUGAAGGUCAAUGAGAACAAAUGUGUCACUUUGGUUCCUAAUUGGAAGUCCCUCCUUGUUGGUUUUAAAACUUUGAUUACUGAGAUGUGUUGUUCCUCACUUGUUAAUUUUUUUUAAUAGUUUUUAUUUAAAUGUGCCCUUAGUGCAGUGCUACUGAAACUCAUACCCAUAUAAUUAUCUCCUUGUGGGAAUAUUAUAACUGGGUUGAGUGUGACUGUUUGGUUUGUAACUAUUAAGAAUUAAGUGGACACACACAUCCAUCCCAAGGAACUGAUCUUUGAUUGUGUGUAUGUAAUGAUAAAUACUGCAGAACCAGAAAGCAAUGUAAGGUGGGGCAUCAAUGAGUGUCUUGGUUCUUGUUUUUCUUUGUUGUGUCUGUAUUCAGGCACUGAUAGUUCAUCCUUGCUUAGCUCUUUGCUCUGGUUAUGGACUCAGAAAAAUCAUCUCCUCCUCACGGUUUUUAUAAUCUCUACCUGUGAGGUAGUAUGUAUGUCCUACCCACAGACUCUUGAAGCAUCCAUUUCAUUGCUGCAGAAAAGUGCUCUGUUGCUUGUGGAACACAUUCGGUCGCUGCACCAGUUCUGUCCACAAGCUUUUCUGCUGGAUCCAGCCAGACGUUCAGUGACAGUUCUUAUAACCAUGUCUUGAUAUGUUUGUUUAAUCCACAUGUGUUCCUUCUAUGAGCCUCAUUGCCAGUCAGCAAGUGAAUAGCUGCUUCUAGAAAUGCCCUUGCAGCCUUAUAUUCUGAACAGUCAUCUGAGGACUGGUUUUGCUAUUACACAAGCAUUGUGAGAGCUGCUGCAGCAUGGCUCCUUCCUUGCCACACAGGUAAUUUUAGAAGCCAUGGACCAUGUGGGAGGAGCCCACAAUGCAUUUCUUCCCAUGCCAGUGUUGCCUCAGUUUCUAGAGGGGUGACGUUGGCAAUAUUUAGGACUCCUCCUGGGCUUCUGAUGCUAUCUGAAUAUGUCGUGAGGUAACAUCAGCUCCCACACUGCUUGGGUAAUGCUGGAAGUGGUCAGGUCUAUAACAUGAUUGGCAGUGGGGGGGACAGUGUUCAUAUUAGAAGACUGGAAAAGGCACAUAGGGCAGUGAUUGGCAAGGCAACUGUAGUAGUGGUAAUUGUGGAAAACUCAAAAGGGCACCCAGCACCCAGCUUGUACAGGGAAGAAAGGCAGAAAUGCUGCUUACAGGACUGUUCCAUUUGGCGAAGCCUAAAGUAAAGAGAAACAAAACAGGGCACUAUGCAUAUAUAAACAAUGAACAGAAGAGUCUACUUUGUGUCUUCUAGAAGGAUCCUCUCCUGUUCCCAGGUGGCAAAUCAGUCUGCAGUCUGAAUCAGCAAAGCUACCCUAGGAUGCUGCUGUUUCUGUGAUGCAAUUUGGUUGCGUCUGAUAAUUGAACAGAUACUGGAAAAUUACCUCUUCAAAAUAUUGCAGACCCUGACAGAGCUCUAGACCCUCUGAUAUGGAAAUGGUUAUGUAUA